ACAUUUAUAGGUCGGAACAUUAAAACUACUACAAUAGUACGUCCCCGGAGGUAUAUUCAGUGGCGCACAGGCUGGAUUGUAGGUCCACUUGUAAGCGUUUACUUUCUCUAAUGUAUUGUCUUUAGGGUUUUUUGUUUGGCGCAUUUUGACAACAUUUAUCCGUGUGUUUAUUAGGUAUCAGGUUCUGUUUUAUGUAUUGUCAUACAUUUGUUUUACACUUUUAGAGGGCACACUUCCGGUCCAUUCUUCCGUCCUUCACUCGCCUCAAGCUGACGCAGUGUCACUCCCAGGUUGUCAAACAUGGCGGUUCAGGUGUCCGAGUCGGACCAGGUCAAACAGUUCAAAGAGUUUUUGGGGACGUACAACAAGGUGACAGAGAACUGCUUCAUGGACUGCGUCAAAGACUUCACCAGCAGGGACGUCCGGCCCGAAGAGUCCGUGUGCUCCGAGUCCUGUCUCCAGAAGUACCUGAAGAUGACCCAGCGGAUCUCCAUGCGCUUCCAGGAGUACCACAUACAGCAGAACGAGGCGCUGGCGGCUAAAGCGGGUCUGCUGGGUCAAUCUCACUGAACUGGGAUGAUGGAACAUGUGGCUAAUAAAAAUGUGACAGAAAUUUAAAAAC